GGACGUGAGUACAGAGAGCAGCGGGGCUUGGGCUUGGCCCUGCGCCACGCGCAGAUCAGCUCGCCCUGCCGCUCCUUGCUGGGGGGGGCUUGGGUGUCCCCAAGACGGGCCGUGCCGGAGCGGCGGCCGCGCUGGCUGCAGCUAGGCGUGCGGGUCACCUCGGUGUGUCUGGCUUGGCUAGAAAUUGAUACGGCGUCCUCCUGUCGUGGAGAGGAGGGGGACGAGCUGUACAGGGAGCCAGCACUGGAGGGGACGCAGCGGGAGGAGGGGAGCGUGCAGUCUGCCAAAGGAGAGGCGAGCGACGAAGAUGAAGAGACAGAGUAUUUCGAUGCCAUGGAGGAUGCGCCAGCUUUUAUCACUGUAACCGCAGACCCCAAGCACCACAGGCGUUCGGGCAGUAACCUGAGCGGGGCCAGCGAGGGCCACCCUGAGGACUGGAACCUGGAGGACAGUGUCUUUGAAAGCUCAAAUCAAAGCAGCUGCAAUGAGUCCACUUGCAAAGAUCUCCUGCCGAAGAAAAGGAGGCGGACUCGCAUCCCCGACAAACCCAACUACAGCCUUAACCUCUGGAGCAUCAUGAAGAACUGCAUCGGCAAAGAGCUCUCCAAGAUCCCCAUGCCCGUCUACUCCAAGCGAGGGUGGACGCUAUGGCAGGAAAUCACCAUCGCCAGCAAGUUCAGGGGCAAAUACCUCUCCAUCAUGCCUCUGGAGAUUGUUAACCAUAAGUCCAAAGAUAAAUGCCAGCUGAAAUUUACCCCCUACAGCUACUUCUCCAGAGACGUCCCCCGAAAGGUGACAGGCGUGGUGAGUGACGCCGACGGUAAAGCCCACUACGUCAUGUCCGGCACGUGGGACGAGAAGAUGGAGUGCUCCAAGAUAGUGCACAGCAGCCACGGCAGCACCAGCACGGAGGGCAAGCAGAAGACCGUCUACCAGACGCUGUCUCCAAAGGUCCUGUGGAAGAAGUACCCCCUCCCACGCUCUGCUGGAGCGGUCGCUGUGGAAAGCGUCCUCCGCUUGGUGCCUCCAGCUCUGCGGUCGGGGAUCCAGCGGCCCUCGGGUGAAGCCGUUGUGUGCAGACGCUCUGCUGGAGCGGUCGCUGUGGAAAGCGUCCUCCGCUUGGUGCCUCCAGCUCUGCGGUCGGGGAUCCAGCGGCCCUCGGGUGAAGCCGUU